UGAAAAGAAGCAGUAAUGGGUUCAAAUUGAAUGACGCAGACAGAGAUUUUUCUUCUAGAUGCAAGUCAACUUUCAGUUCCUUAAAUCUGUCCGAAGGCCACUCUCUCGCUUCGAAAUCAAGUUAUUGAGAAUUACCAAAACCCGUGCAAGGAAAAUAUCAGGUCCCUAAUUCUAGCUCUAGCCAUAACUUUGUGCAAGGAAUGCAUCGAUCUGGAGCAUCAUUCAGAAAAUACACAAAGUAUUCAUUGAAUUCUGUCUGUGCUAGUCAAAAAUAUGGAAAUUUACGCGGUGAUGCGCUUAAUAGUGCAGUAGCUUUAGAAUUCCUCAAAGACUUAAGAAACCGGAAAACACACGAGGUUCAACAAAAACAGUCAUCUUCAAAAGUGAAAAUACAAAAUGCCUCAAAAGUUGUUAUGCCAGAAUUUGAGUUUAAUAGUCAGCCAAAACUGAAGAAACAUCGUACGAGAGUAAUCAGCGACGAGGAGGAAGAAUCUGUUUCUUGUGUUCAAAAAGGAAGGGCUGUUACAUUAACUCAUUUGAUGGAAAAUGACGAAGAUGAAUAUGAUUAGCGCAUUUUAUUCAAUCUGUGUACUGUCUUACUUAACACCUUGCUGCCUAAAAACCCUUGUCUUUGAAAUUAGGAAAUGUAAAAGUAAAUUGAAUGGGCGAUGUUUAAUAAAUAGGGAUGAAUUACUCUCGCAGUUAUAAAAAGUUUCAUCCAAAUGGAGAUAAUUUCCUCAAUGUAUACCUCCUACAAAAUAUAAGUAGAUUAUAGAUUUUUGUGGUGUGAAAGUCAUUGGUUGGAAUAACAAGGUUUCGGUAGUAAAUGUUUUUUUUUUACUAUUAUCAGAAAUUUAACUAUUAUCAGUUCAUUUUCAAAGGUACCAAAACUUUUGCAUGAUGUUUUUUUUUCAACAAUUUGAGUUCUGCUGAGGAAAACCAAGCGUCCAUUGACAAUUAAUGGUGUUUAAAAUAAGGUAAAUAGUCGUACUGUUUGCUCCCCGUAAACUUUGCUGUUCGAUUAAGUUGCAAAGUUACUGGGCGGUCGAAUAGCCUGAAAAAGGUCAGCUAGAAAUGGAGCAGUGGUGUGGUAAUUAUGUAGGAGAGAUUUGAUGUGGCAAUCUGUCAAUUGCGUUGACUAUCGCUAUCAUCCAGGCCAACGUCCUGAAGAGAAUGCCGCUCUCUCAUGUAGUAUUACCAUCUAUAUAGCGGAAUGAGGUUGGAAUUGUUGGCUGUCAAAAGCGCCCAUAAAUAAGUGGAGUUCAAACUACCUUUGAUGUGUCCUCUUGCGAUUGUUUAAGUACACAAUAAUAGCCCAACUUUCUCAAUUGAUCUGCAAGUUUGAGCCAAUCGCCUUUGAUCAUUAUUCGAUGGAACGUUUCGGCAUAUCUUAAUCUAACUGAAUCAAAAAUAGAAUCGGCAUUAAUUAUUACUGAAGAUGUAGUUUUCGUACCCUUUUCAUUUAUUUUGCUAUCACCAAUGUUGUUUUUUACCAAUACUAGUAUUAAACUCUAUCCAAUGAAAAGAGCAUAGACUUUAUUUGAUCUCAUUAUUUGUUUUUAUUUCAUUAUUGACUGGUUUUUAAGUUACGCCUUUCUAAGAGAGGAGACAAAGAUAUGAGGACUCAGAACCGUCUUCGUAGGACUUCAUUUCCAGGUGUGAUGGGCAAAGAUGGCCAGCCACACAACAACAAUAACAACAAUGUAGUGGGAAUAGGAGCAAGUCGGAAGCAAUGGCAUUUGAACAAUCUAGGCGGUAGAGACAACAACCCCAACGCACCAGAUGCCAAUGAGGCAAUUGAUGAUGUAACAAGUGACGUCAUACUACUCGAAUGUGAGAAAAGACUGGACUGUCUAGUGGUUCAGAUCGAACAUGUACUGUGCCGGUUGUUAUCACACCCCCACUUGACAGCAGGUCGAAUCAGUGUUAAAAAUGUGGGGGGAGGCAGAGAUCCAGACGAUGUACCCCUGUGCUAUUCGUCGCAAGGGGAAACUGGUAGUAGCGAAGUACACAGUUCCGCAUCAGAAAUGGAUUGUGAUGAUUAUGGUGCAACAACAAUUGAGAUGAGAGACGACACAGAAGAGGACUAUGAUGGUGGUGACCAGGAAGAGAAAGAGAAAAACUACAGGUGGGACGGAGUUGCGAGUGUGGAGAUUGCUGAGAGCAUAGUGCGGGAUAAUCUGGAACCCCUUCUCAACGACUUUCUCAACAAUAACAGCGAGAAUCUCAACCGGCCAAGUCAUAACGGCACUUCGUUCAACAUCAGUGACCAAGCCUGGAACAAAGACAUUCAAGAUACAGAUCCAAGAGACUCAACACGAUUCGGAUCCCCGAGAGAAUCAGAGUUACGUCCCGGAGACGGAGCAAAGGUUCAAAUGCAGUUACAGUUAAAAAGAUCAGAUGGCACCAGUAAUGGUCAUAUGGAGACCUUUGGUGCAGUAAAUGGCACGGAAGACCACAGGAUUCAAAGGGAAUCGGAGUCUUCAGAUUCAAGUGGAGGACGAGGCGGUGGAGGUCUAAGAGUGUGGCAGUUGUUGGCUAAGAUCCAGCACUGGGCUGAAAAUUGCCCUUUUUCGCCAGUCAGACUAGCGCUUUCUAUUUUCCUCCAAUCUUUCCAGCAGAGUGGAAAGCUGCCUUUGGACUUCUCGCCUCUGUUGGUUGAUCAUCUUAAGACCAAAUACAUUCCAGCGUCUGACAUUGAUUGCCACAAUGGAAUGGCAGUGGUUGAAAAAGUAUACAGACAACACGUUAGCAGAAUGAGACGCAAAAGAAGGGCCAGCAGGAGAAAAGAGGAGGUUGAUGGAGGGGGAGAUGAUUCAGAGGAGAAGAGCCGGACUGAAGAAACAUGCCCUCGAAAAGUAGAAGAUUCCACUUCGUCGUCUUCAUCAACUUCGUCUUCCGAGAUCAGUCUGCAGGUGGAGAAGUACAGACUUUACGUGGGAACUUUCCGACUGCACGGUCUGCGUGUUCCGAAUGUGCACUUUCUGUUGGCCUACCAUCCUCAGUACAUGAAGGAGUUCCUCUCAUUCGAGCACAGUCUGCAUUCUCAUCCUCACAUCUCGCCCUCUAACUUCGACCCUACUCUGGUAUCCUACCUCACUUUAAUGGCUGCUGCUCGAUUUGACUGCUCUUACUUGAUCCGCUCGGUGCUCGAAUUACUUCCAGAAGACGACCCCUUCGCCCAGUUCGGCUUCUCUCCCCCUUCCUCGUCUGCCGCCUCAUCUAGCACUGCCACCACCAUGCGGGGGGAGGAUUCGUCUGCCGCUGCCAUGUCUAAACAGCGCCAGAGAAAUAUGCUCCUAGAUGUGAAGGCUCUGGUCAACCUAAACGCGCUUUUAGCCCACGCACCAUGGAAGAUAAACGCACAUACGAUUAAGGAAGUGGUGGAGGGAAGUGGGGGUUCGAGACAGUGGCCUCAGGACAAACUGGUCCAGGCAGUCAUCAUCCUCGCACACUUCCACUCUCUCAGCGGAUUCAUCCUUGCCACAGGAGUCAUGCCUCCUCCCAACCACGACUACUUCAAAGCCUCAAAUACCUCCGCUGCCACCUCCACGCAAACAGCACAGAACAGCAGUCAUGCAAGGUCAAAUGAAGUGAUUGGAGUUGGCGCUUCGCAGUCUUCAAGUGUCAAUAGAGAGAACGGAGUGGGCGAGAACGUUAGUGGGGGUUUGAGUAGUCCAAGUAAUACUUGUUCAAGCAGCAACUCUCUCGCAGUGCAGUCGAAUUUCGCAGGUCCAAGUUCGCCCAGCAGCAGUGGUGGGGUCACCCCGGUCAGCGGGAGGGCAACUCCGGCACACUUUUUUGCGGACAAGGAAGAGGGUGCAGAUUUCAUAGAGCAGUUGCAGACCAUCCCUCAUAAGAGUGACUACUCGUCUUUGCAUUCUGACUCAGCUCAUUCUCACUCCUACCAGAGCAUAGUGAGACAUCUGAGUAGAACUGACUCUGCUGGCCAACAAGGACGCCAUAACCGCAAUGACUCAAACAACUCAUGUUCCCUUGGAGGAGGAGGAGAAAAAGACUCUGUGACACAGCAGUCGCAUGGCCCCAGUCGAGACGCGUCUUUAGAGAAAGUUGGCGCUUCGUUGGGAUCUGACGGUGGCCUUAAUGGUCGAAUAGAUACAGUAUCAGUGAGCGCUAGUGGUGGUAGUGGGAGUGGGAGUAGCAAUGGAGAUGCUAUCCUCAAGAUCAGCUCGGCUAGUCUGAAGAGUGCCCAGAUAUCACAGCAGAACAGGAAGUACCUAGGGGUUGAGAUGGGUCACGUGGACUUUGGUGUCAGCAGUGCAACUGGAACAGAGGGAGGGGGAGGGGAAGAGGAUGAGUGGACGGAAACGAAUGAGGAGAGUGUGAGCAGAGUGGUGAGCAGCUUGGACUUUUUGCUGGAGCAGCGGGGAGGAGACAACAGGAACAGCAGCACUGCCACUCUGCGACGCCAGGCCGAACAGAGGAGCAAAACUGCAUUCAGCCUCACUUACAACAAGUUUGGCAAGUAUGGUCAGAGUGGAAGUGUGAACACUACGAGCUUCAGACGAACCAUACCCUGUGUGUGUCUCAUGACUCAUGGCAUUCUCUACGACGACUUCAACUAUGACCUGAUCGACUUCUUCUCCGGCAGACAAGCUGGCCGUCUCUUCAUCCACUUCGCCAAGAGGGCUCUGGUGCAGCCACACUCCAUCACCAGACAGUUUUUUCUCUCCUGCAACCCAUACCAACUGGACCACUCAGAAAUGGUGCAUAUUUGCAUUCUUGUUAUGGAAGCUCGCAUGCAGAUAGAGCUCUACUAUGCCAUGCGAGCUAUUAACGACUAUCGCGAGAUGCAGCAUGACGAUUGACGAAGAAGCGAACGAUUGACGAAGAAGGAGUUACCGCCGCCUUCAUUCAAUAGCCAAAAAAAAACGCCUGAAAACCCGCAAAUAAAGAAACAUUGCUCUGAAAAGAGUCACUCGAAAAAAUGAAUUUAAGACAAAAGAAAUCAAAAUAAAAAAUGUGACAAAAUCUCCGACUGAUAAAAAUGUGAUAAAAACUUUAAUAGACAUUUCGCUGCAGGCGAAAAGAAACGAAAAUAAUUUGUUAGAAAGGACAAUCGACUUGUCGCUUUUUUGACGUUUGAUAUUUGGACUUGGACAUGAAAAGUGUCUGCUAAUCAAUUGUUUUAUUCUAUCCGAAUUGACACAUCAGGACAAUCUGCUUACGAAGCUCCUCAACGCCGCUACACUCCAGCAGUCGCCGCGACAUUCGAAACUAAACUGACCAAACCUCAUUUGCGAAUGAGAGCAAUCAAAUUGUAUUCUAAUCGAGAAUAGAGGCAGUAUUUUCUAUUUUAGCUCUGCGGCAGCAUGUUUUUGACCGGUAGAGUGGUAGGUAAAUGCAGUUUAUAAAAUACGUCUUCUAGGCAAGACCUAGUCUCUAUUUUAUUUUGCUGAUGCAACAAAUUGUUCAAAUACUCUCAAAUUUUGUUCUACAAUCAAGUGCUAACUUUCAAUUAAAAUAAACUUUUAAAAUCUUC